AUGAGUAAUGAAAAGGUUUAUAAUAUAAAUUUAACAAAAGGAACAAAAAAAUGGAACAUUGCAAAAUUUUCAAAUAAGAUUGAAUUAUCUUCAUUUUCAAAGCCAGUUAAAAUGUAUAAAUUCAAUCCAUUAACACAGUUAUUAAAUCAUGACAUUAAUAAUGCCACUAACAACAAUACAAAUGGUACUACUGGUACAACAAAUGGCACUAAUGGUACAACAUCCACCACAACUACUACAACUACCACAACUACUACAACUACUACAACCAAUAAUGCCACACCAAAUCCUAAUGCUGCCCAACCAUUUCAUAGAAAAAAAAGAUACGAAGCCAAACCAGUUAACCCAAAAACUAUACCUUGGAAACUUGAAGAUAGUAACGGCAACCACUCAUAUCAAGGUAAUGUUGAAGGUAAUCAAUCAUCAUCCAAUUACUUUUUAUUUAUGUUCCAAAGUGAUGGUUCUAUUAAAGCUGUUCCAUGUAAUGAUUGGUAUAAUUUUAGACCAAAAAAAGAAUUCGUUUCUCUCACAACCGAAGAAGCUGAAGAUUUUAUGAAAAAGAAAAACCAAGAAUGGGAUUUCCUUACAGCAAAACUUAAAAAGAAUGAUCCAAAUGCAAAUUUAGAAAAGAUUGAGGAAGAAGAGCAGCCUCUUAAAAAGAAGGUUAAUGAAGAUCCAAAUAGAUAUACAGAAGCUGAUGUUAAGAACGAUAAAAAACUUCAAAAUAGAAAAGAAAAGAAAGAGAAUGAAUAUAACGAAGAUGGGGAUGCUCCAGAUUUUGAAAAUAGAUUUGAAGAUGAUGAGGAUGAUACCUACAUGGAGGGCGAUGGUUUAACAGCUGAAGACGAAAAUCAAAUCGAGGAUGAAGAUAACGACAAAGACCUAUCUGCUGCUGGUAUUGAAAUGAAAAAAAUGAUAAAGAAGCAACAAAAAGAUCUCGAAGACGACAAGGAUGAUAGCGCCGAUGAAAAUGAAGAAAAGAAUGACGAUGAGGAUGACGACGAAGAAGAAAUAGACCCAGAUGAAGAUGAAGAUUUUCCAAAAGGUCUACCAAAUGUUAAAAAAGAAGACGACGGCUCAUCAAAAGAUUCAAAAGACUCAAAGAAAAAAAGCAAAAAACAAAAAGACGGUUCACCAAAAGGUAAAGAAAAGAAAUCCAAAAAGAAUAAAGCUGAUUCUUCAAAUGAUACUAGAGAUUCAAAGAAAUUAAAGAAAGAACCAUCCUCACCACAACCACCUCAACCACAACCAAACUCACCACCUCAACCAACAUCACCAACCCAACCUGCCGAACCUCCAUUCACCGAGGAAUACAUAAGAAGAUACUUAGAAAAGAUUAAAAAGAUCAAAUCUAUGGACCUCAUCAAUAUCUUUAAAACACCAUUAAAAGAUCCAAAUAACAAGAAGAUUUUCGUCACAAUGGUCCAAAAUGUUGCUCGUGUAGUUGAAGAAAAUGGUGUCAAAUAUUUAAUUCCAAAAUAA